CCCACCGUUUCUUACGUUUUUUCUUUUUUCUUUUUGUUUUUUUUUCAGACAUAAAUUAUCUCGAAACUUUUUAAAAGCACUUCUGAUUCACUUCCUAUGUGUUUUGAUGACCAUAGGUUCACUUCGUAACGCUUAAAAGUUGUUAUCACCGCAAAUUCAGACCCUUUUAACAGUAAAUACCAUCAGCCACCACCAAAGGGACUAAACCAUCAAAGUUUUUCUUUUGUUAUGGGGAAGAGAAAGAGAAGUAGUGGUGAUCAUAACAACACCAAGUGCACUUCUUCUUCGGGAAUUUGACUCCCGAUCAUUAUUUCACCACAUGCCUUUGUAGCUAUUUAAUACUGAGAAGUAGUCGAUGCAACGAAAUGGAUGACUUGCCAUGCUCUUCUGGAACAGACUUGUUGUCUAGAGAGAAAUCUUAUUUGCUAGAGUCUAGUGAAUCAAGGCCUCUCAUGCCCAUGGUGGAUACUUCAGAUAACACUGUAAAGGUAUUGAAUGCACAGCAUUCUCAUGCACAUCAGAAUAACAACCUUGGCCGUUCAAUAGUCUUGAAACGAUCACGACACUACUAUGGUCAUCAGUACUCCCGGAGAAACUUGGGGAGCCAUGCUGAUGCAUCAACUUCUCAUGGGAAGACUGCCCUUUCACGUAAUGAGAGGCUUACCUUCAAGCUUAUCAGUCAACCAGGCUCCAAGCCUGGGUGCCAUACAGAAAACAAGGAAAUAGAAUUUAGCAGGCCAGACAGGGUUAGAUUCAGUUCCUUGGUAAUGAAUACAGUUUCAUCUGAUGCAGUGAAGAUGGUAUGUGGAAUCUGUCAGAAACUAGUGAGAAGGAAAAAUUAUUUUCUAGGAAAUGCAUUAACUACUGGUGAAUUCUCUGUUGUGGCCAUUCUAGUUUGCGGUCAUGUUUAUCAUUCAGAAUGUUUGGAGCAGAAAACAAGUAUUGAAGAUAUGCGUGACCCUCCCUGCCCAUUGUGCUCGGGCUUGGUCUCUGAAGCAGAUGCCUCUAGAGAAGAAGAGUAAUGUGAUGUUGACUUACAUCUAUGCUAUUGAUUAUCGAGGACAGACGUAUCAUAAGACAGGGAACAUGGAAAGAAGUAUAGGUGGUUGAAAUAGACUUAGCGAGGUGUCGUUAGGACUAAAGGAUUUUGAUCGACAGUUCUUCACAGUCUCAUUGCUGUCGAGAAUGUUGAAAAGAAGUAUGAACUGCAGUCAUCUCUCAUUAGUGCUAGGCCUAGAGAGAGACACCGCAGUUUUUGUCAAGAUAUGGACACCAGUUAAGGUGGCAUAUUUAGGAGAAUAUAUUAGUAAAUGACAAUUUUAGUUUUGUUGUACGAGUUGACAAUAUUGUACACGCGUUUGUAUUGGUGUAUGAAGUGGCGGUACAACAAAUUCAAAAUAUCAGUAAAUGACUAUCUUAGUUUUUUGGUAUGAGUUGACAAUAUUGUAAUUGUAUUGGUGUAAGAAGUGGCCGUACACGUUCAAAUAUGAAAAUGUUUUAAUUUGUUCCU